AUGAGUGAAUUUAGCAUCGAUUACAUAUUGAACCGCGCCGGCGACAGAUACAUCGGCACCAAUGCCUCAGUCGGAGUCCUGCAACGACUCCGCGCCAGCAUUCCCUUUCAUCCGUACGCCCAUCCCGGACACAAGGAGCAGCGCGCCUCGCCCCCAGCUGUAGUAGCUCUGGAGGAGGGACAGCUCCCCAUGUACGACUGGUUGCAGUACACCCGCUACCAUCCACCCAAGCUGCCACGUGCCCUGCGGCAGAGUGGACCCGCCAAACGCACGCCCGGACGCCUGCCCCGGAUCCCCUUCACUCCCGCCCAGCUCCAGGCACUGGAGACGGCUUACAAGGAGUCGAACUAUCUGAGCGCAGAGGAUGCCAACAAGCUGGCAGAGUCCCUGGAGCUGACCAACACCCGCGUGAAGAUCUGGUUCCAGAAUCGACGCGCCCGAGAACGACGCGAAAAACGCGACAAGGAUGAGAGCUGCGACUCCACCUUCUCCUCGAAUGCCUCCAGUCCGGAACCGGAUAUGAUUGUCAUUGUUUGA